AUGGAGGGGGAGAAGAGGGCUCUCGUUAGAAGGACUAACGGCGGCGGCGGCGGCGGAGGGAAGAAGAGGUGGUUCUCAGGGGUGGAGCUGACCUUGGAGAAGAGGCCCCUGAAGGAGUUGGACUCGGAGAAGGUGAAGAGGGAGAUCAGGAGGUGGGCGAAGGCGGUGGUCUCCUACGCCCGCCAGCUCAGCGGCAGCUUCUCCGGAUCUUCCAGGCGGGGAGGCCCGACUGAUGAUUCUAGGAGAUGA